ACAGAAAAACCGCACAGUCUGUUAUAACGAGUACACUACUUAAUUGUUCUAACACAUCCAUCAUGUCCAUCGCGCGAUGCCUCCAGUGAUAGAGUAUUCUCAUUACCUAGCAAAUUUAACUUUUCAGUAAGUAUCAUCAACGAUUUUAAGAAAAUGCAGUUACGUUCUAUCAUUCUGCUUGUUGGAAUCUGCGCCCUGGCCGUUGGUGUAGGGAUUGGGGUAAUCAUCGGUUACUUCAGUAGCAGCAGGGACUCGAACCCCAAGCCAAGACCAGCUGAUGAAGAUAUCGCAGAUAGGAUAAUGAAGGAGAUAAGCAGGGAGAAUAUACGAGAUAACCUAAGGUAUUACGCGAGGAAACCUCACGUAGCAGGGACGCCAGCUGACAGGGAAGGUGCAGAAGAUAUCAAACAGGCUUGGUUAGACCAGGGCCUGGACUCGGUUAGACUGGUCCCAUACCAGGUCUAUCUACAACACCCACCACCUCCUGAGGACGAAGAAAAUGCUAAUAAGGUUCAGGUGAUAAAUUCUAGCACCGGAGAAGUCAUAUAUAACACCCCACUCAGAGCAGAUCCGUUCGAUGAGGAUGAACUCCUUCAGCCUGGUAUACCUCCUCCAUAUAUGGCGUUUUCGGGGACAGGUGAUGUGAUGGGUGAUCUGGUGUAUGUUCAUUACGGAGCGGAGGAAGACUAUGAAUUAAUUCUGAAUGAACUGGACCCGACCAUUAACUUUACAGGUAGGAUUGCAAUUUGCCGCCAAGGAGGGACGUCUCGUUAUGAAAAGGCAGCCGUAGCCCAACGUUAUGGUGUCAUUGGCGUCAUCUUGUUCAGUGAUCCCUACGACUACUCAGUACCCCAGAACGAAGGAUUACCAUACCCUAACGGAAAGUUUCUGCCGGGUUCCGCCACGCAGCGGGGAGCUUUGCUUCGAGAGAUAGGUGAUCCACUGACACACGGCUAUCCUGCUAAAGAAUUUGCCUUUCGGAUAUCGCCAAAUGAAACCGACUUGCCUCGGAUACCGGUUCAUCCUGUCGGUUUCCACGAUGCCGAAAAACUAUUACAAGCAAUGGGUGGCGCAUCGGUUCCUAACUACUGGAAAGGUGGCCUGAAUGCACAUUACACAAUUGGACCAGGUUUCACCGGACCGAAUCAAGGAAACCAAGUGAGAUUGGUAGUGAACUCUGUAUCAGGACUGUAUACAACAUAUAACACGGUGGGAUUCUUACGAGGCGAGAUAGAACCAGAUCGUUACGUCAUCAUCGGCAAUCAUCGGGAUGCGUGGGGACUCGGCUCUAUUGAUCCAACAAGCGGAACAGCAACUCUCCUUGAAAUAUCAAGGGUCUUUGGGAUGCUCAAGAAAGAAGGUUGGAGACCUAGAAGAACUUUGGUGUUCUGUUCAUGGGGUGCUGAAGAGUUUGGAAUGUUUGGCUCGGUAGAAUGGACAGAGGAGUUCGGCAACAUACUCAUGGAGAGGACUGUAGCGUACGUCAAUUUGGACAUAGCUGUUGCAGAUACAUAUGUCCUGUAUGCUUCAGCCUCACCGAACCUGCGUCAAGUUAUCUAUGAGGCUACUAAAAGGGUUCCGGACCCAGAUCCAUCCGAUAACCGAACAACCGUUUAUGACACAAUGUUAGAGCGGAACCCGGAUUAUGAGCCCGACUUACCAUUUAUAAAUCUUUUAGUUGAUGGAAGCGACGACUACGCUUUUGAAAAGAGGCUGGGAAUAUCGUGUAUCAGUGGUUACUACAUAUACGAUACGAGCACACUACCUAUAUUAUUCUACUCUCUUUACCACACCCAAUAUGAGACGAUCCGUUUGAUGGAAACUUAUAUCGAUCCCGACUAUCGAUACCAUCAAGCAGUCGGAAGAGUAUUCGCCGAGAUGACGCGCAUCCUAUCAGACAGCGUGGUGUUGCCGUUCGAUAGUUAUGGAUAUUACCAAGAAGUCGAGAAUAUGUUUUAUUAUCUGGGAAAUAGCACACAAUCGAUGGAUAUCGCAGAACGAGGAGUAUCUUUAGAAUCUCUUGACAGAGCAAUUGGUGAACUGUUGGAAAACACAUUGGAAUUUCAAAAGAGAGUAGAGAGCGUUGACACGAAUAGUGACUUGGCUGUCCGGCAAAUCAACGACCAGAUGAUGUUUCUAAGCAGGGCAUUUCUCGGAGAACUCCCGGAUAACAAACAAGAUAGGCAUCUAUUAUUUUCACCUCGGGUUACAAUCCCAUUAAGUACUGAAGACGUACCAUACACCUUUCCUGGACUCCAAGACGCCUUACACCACAUCAGUGACGCUCCUGACCAGGAACAACGGUGGAGGGUUGUAGAACAACAUAUCGCCGUUUUAACUCAUGCUAUAGAAGCAGCUAGCUCUGUAUUGAAGGAUGUUACGUCAUGGUGACGUCAAAUGAUAUGUAAUUUUAUUGAAAUUAUGCAGAUUUGCCACAAUGGUUGAGAGUUUCGUCCCAUGGAAGGUAGCUAUAUAGGCUGUAGAGUCAGCUCGGGUUGGCAACCCUGUCACAAAAGUUAGGAGAAAAUAAUAAAGAGAAAGAAGAGAGAAAGAGUGAUUCAAGAAGUUAUUGAGGGUCAAUGUUGUGAGGGCUUUCAACAGAUGCCUAAUUCCAUCCCUCAAACUUUCAAGAGGAUGCUCAUACAAAAAAAAUCAGUUUAUUUGUUUAAAUCCUAGACAUGUACUUGAACGACUUUGAUCGAGGACACUCUGUUCCCAGAAUAAGUCCUUGUAUCUUUAUUUAUUUAUAUGUAUAUUUUAUUGUUUUUGUCUACGAGCAUAAUGAUUCAGGUCCACUCUACCUAAGACCUUUACUACAACCGCAGUAUUACUGCCAUUAUAUAUCACAUAAUAUUAACCAUGCCAUUCCAUGAAUGCGAUUGGUCAAAAGUAAAUCUCGAGGCGCACCACCUACCCGAUCAUGCCGAUGGUGAUACCUAGUGGUAUUGUUUUCUACUUCUUCUUGUUCCUCUAUCUUUCCUUUUUUUAUCAUCACAAGGAAUGAUAUGAAUAUUAUUAUAAUUGUACAUGCAAAAUAGGUGUCUUUCACUGUGUUCUAUCCAUGAUAAAACUGGGUUGCUUGACUUUCUUUGGUUAAAUCAUAUCAGACAUAUGAGAUGUGAAAUACAAAACAAAUAAUCACAAUACCUCUUUAUGGUUUAGCAAUCUGAAGACUCACAAUGUAGGAAACUUGCUGAUUCUACAUGUCAGCUUAAAGGGGGUGGUCUCUCCAAUGGUAAUUAUUUGCAUACAAUAUAAUAUUUUGCCCGUGAUAAUAAUGUUUAGCAAUAUUUUGAAAAGUAAUAUUUUCCUACUUUGAAACCUAGAGGUUUGCAUAAACAAUUGAAAUAAGGCAAGGAUUUAAUAUUCAUGCAAUUAUACGACUAAUUUUUUUUUCGCAAAUAACACAUUGCUAUAUUUUCGUUGAAACAAUGUCACGUAGACUUUUUUAUAUCGUGCGUAUUUACAUACACUAUUUUUUGUAAAGGUUCUUAGCAAUUCAGCCUAUGGCUGCAUGGAAAUUUUCUGAUAAACCAUUUCAAUUCAUAUCGAUAACUUUUUAUUUGAUGCUGGGGCAAAGACGUUGCAAACAUGUUUUUGAAUAUUCCAAUAUCUUUUAUUUCAGAAUUCCCUUUCAAUGCGUAGUGUGAUUCUUCUGUACAUGAUCGCAAUACAGAAAAACAAAAAUAGAUACAAUUUUAAUUCUCAAUAGAAAUUGUAUAACUAUCAUUCAAUUUUUUUUUGUUUCACAAGCUUUUGAUUUCAUUGUACUGUUUUUCUACUAUUUUUAUCUUAUUAAUCUUUUACAUUAAAAUCAAUAAACAAACACAAAAAAUAUAUACAAUUAGUUUCACAUUUCACAAGCUUUAAUUUCAUUGUACUGUUUUUCUGUUAUAUUUAUCUUAUUACUCUUUUCAAGAAAUCUUAAAUUAAUGACUAAUUCUCUCUUGAAAUCUUGAAACAUAGAAAAAUAACUGCAUUUUUUUUAAAGUGAACUGAGCCAACACAUAGACUCAAAUCGUAUAUUGUGCGAAAACCAAAAUUACGUUCAGAAAAGCCAUGUUUUCAUUUUCAACAUCGUGGCCAAUUAAUAAUGUUUUCUUAUUAAUUUGAAUAUUCACAUUAAACUGGAUCUUAAUGAAAUACCGUAUAGUUUCUGCCAAAAUAAAUUCACAUGUGGACAAUGCAACAAAACAUGAUCUAGAGUUUCAAUUUGUUUACAAUGGUAACAAGCCAUGUCUGAUGUGCUAUUCCAUCGAACUAAAUUCUCUUUAUACGGCAAAAUCCGAUGCAGCAAUUUGAAAUUAUAUUGUUUUAACUCUGUUAUUAAAUAAUUUUCCAAACUUAAAUUUGGAAAAUUUAUUUCAAUUUUAGACACAGAUAAUUCUACUGUGUGGAAUAAUCUUCACUCAGUUCAAUUUAUGCGUUUCGAUUAUUACACUUAAAAUUGAAAUAUUACUUAAUAAAAAGUACUCAAAGAUUGUCUUUCAUGUGGUCUUUGUUAUGUGACGAGUUUGUGCCGAUAUGGAUUUCUUUGAUAUAAUUGAAUAUUUUCAAAUUAAUUAUUACAAAUUCAAUUUGUAUAUAUUUCUAUCAGUAUAACCUAAUCUUUUUUAUAUUAAAUGACAAGGGGGUCGUCUUGACAAUUCAUACAUCUGUUUGUUUAUGACUCCCCAAUUCCGAUGAUUUAAUCAUUUUUGUAAUCUUUUACACUGCAUUUUUUUACCAUUAUAGUCCUAAACUUUAACUAACUUUAUGAAUUGCUCUGUUUUACUGAUGUUGUCAUGAUUGUAUGAUAUUUAGUAUGUUUUUAUUGGAAUUGAAUAAAAUUAAGAACAUUUUGUUUUACUUCAUC